AUGAACAGACUAAAUUUUUACAUUAUUCUUAUCUUUGCAGCAUGCCUUGGAAUUGUCUGUGCCACACAGGAAGAGGCAAGAGGUGAAAAAAGAAUAGAAAGAUUCUCUAUACAGCUGAAUCCCAAGGAUUUUACAGAUGUAGAAUUACCAAGAGACCGGGGAAAAGGACAAAAAGUGUUUGUGGUAUCCGCUCACAAUGACACAGAACAGGAAGUAAAUGUAAACCCUGAUUCGCGCCCUGAAAUAGAAACAGCAGAAAGAAUGUCUAGCUUACAUUUUAGAAGAAACCUUAUAGCAAACACAAUAACCAACAUUUGCACAAUUUUAUUUUUAUCUAUGAUACUGGGCAUAGUAAUAUAUAUUAUCUAUCUAGGAACAUAUACCUCUUAUUUUAUCUCCAGCAAAGACAGUGAUGUUUCAGCAAACACCGAAGAAGCAAUAGUGAUAUAG